GGUUUUGUGAUGCGAUGCGAUGCGAUGCGGUGAGCUUUAGAGUUUUCUCACGCCACAGAGAACCGAAAAAAGGCGCAAUCGCAGAUCGAAGAAGAAGAGGAAGCAGCAUCUUUGAAAUCUAACACUCUGGAUCAAUCUCAACCUCGUGGUUUUGUGCAUUUCACAGGGCCAGUGAUUAUUUACACAAAAUGAUGGAUGGAAAUGGUAAUGAUGGGAGUGGAUUGAUUGAAGACCAUGUCGUUAUGGAAGUUGACAGCAUCAACUUCUGGGCCACACUGGCUGGCAGUCCCCACGUCCAUCCUGUCGACCCCACCGUUCACUCUGUGCAAACUCAUCACCACCACCAACACCACCACCAUCAUCAUGAGCAAAUGGAACCUCAGCUCGAACUCGUUGAACAACCUGUGAGAAGAGAAUUGUUUGCAGUUGAAACCGAUCCGAGACUUGAACCCUUUCUUGGCAUGGAAUUUGAUUCUGGGGAGGCAGCAAAAACCUUCUACAUUGCUUAUGCAGGACGUAUCGGCUUUUCUGUUCGGAUUGCACGUUCACGUCGAUCAAAGUGUAAUGAGUCGGUUAUUAUGCUUCGGUUUGUAUGUUCGAGAGAGGGUUUUAGCAGGGAGAAGAGGAUCAUUGCUGGUAAAAAGACUAGAAAAAGAGCAGCAUCUAUUAGAGAGGGUUGCAAGGCAAUGUUGGAGGUGAUUCGAAGAGGUGACGAGAAGUGGGUGGUGACUAAACUAGUGAAGGAGCACAAUCAUGAGGUUGGGAUGCCGAGCAGAGUGCAUUAUAUUGCAACGGAGAUAGAAGGGGAAAUCGAGCCUUAUAUUGGGAUGGAGUUUGAGUCACUCGAGAUGGCGAAAACAUUCUACUAUGCAUAUGCUAGCCGUGUGGGAUUUGAAGCUCGUGUUCGACAAUCACGCCGGUCAUUGCUUGAUGAGUCACUUAAGAUGUUAAAAUUGGUGUGUUCGAGGCAUCGUUACCAUUCAGGGAGAGAUAACACUGGAGAUGAUGGAAGAAGGUUAAUUCAGGAUCCAGGAAAAGAAGGAUGUGAGGCAUUAUUUGAGAUAAUUAGGAAAGACAAUGGUGUGUGGAUGGUUUCUAAACUUGUUUUAGAGCAUAGCCAUGAGCUGACACCAUCUCCUCCUAGCAAAGUGCGAUGCAUUCGUUCACAAGGAGAGAUACUUGUUAUUGCCAAAAACUUUUCUGAUACUCGUAAUCUUCUGUUAAAUGGCCAAGAUACACAGUCCUAUCUUAGGGAGAUCCGCUACAAUGACUUGGGAGCAGAAGAUGCCCAAAUUUUUCUUGAGUAUUUGAAGAGAACUCAAGAAGAGAAUCCUGCAUUUUUCUAUGCUGUACAAGUUGAGAACAAUGGCUGUAUGACUAACAUCUUCUGGGCUGAUGCUAAUGCUAGGAUGGCAUACAACUACUUUGGUGAUGCUGUUACGCUUGAUAUGACCUAUAAGAGCAAUAAGGAGCUGAUGCCUAUUGUUAUUUUUACAGGUGUCAAUCAUCAUGCACAACCUGUAGUUUUUGGGUGUGCACUACUCGUGGAUGAAUCAGAGUCAUCAUUUGUUUGGCUUUUUGAACAAUGGCUUGCAGCAAUGUCUUCAAGAGAGCCAGUCUCACUUGUAACUGGCCUAAAUAGAGUUGUGGCAGGCGCAACUGCAAAAGUACUUCCAAGCACUCGCCAUUGCUUUUGCAAGAGGCAGAUCUUGACCACUAUCCAGGAAGAGCUACCAGAUUUAUUUUCUGCACAUUGCCUCUUCGAGGAGGAACUCCUGAAAUGUAUCGAUGACUCUGAAACAGCUGAAUCCUUUGAAACUUGUUGGGAUGCCAUAAUCGAUAAAUAUGACAUAAGGGACAACACAUAUCUUCAGUCCUUAUACAACAUUCGUUUUCAAUGGGUUCCUGUAUACUUGAAGGAUACAUUCUUUGCAGAGAUGUAUGAUUCUCAAAGGUCGGAAGAUAUCGAGAAGAUCAUUGAAAAGUGCUGCACUGCAAAAACCUCAUUGAGGGUGGCUGUUAGGCAACUCGGACAGGCGUUGGCAAGUAACUAUGAGAAGGAAGCCCAAGCAGAUUUCGCUACGAUGUUUGAUAAGCCUUUUCUUAGAACUGCUUCACCAAUGGAAAAACAGGCAGCUGGUAUUUACACUAGGACGAUAUUUGACAGGUUUCAGGAGGAAUUUGUUGAGUCUUUUGCUUAUCAUUUAGUCAAAAUUGAGGAUGGGACAGUCAGCAGGUAUCAUGUGGCAAUAAACGAGGAGGAUGAGGAGACAUACACAGUCACUUUUAAUGCUUCUGAAACUAAAGCACAUUGUAGUUGCUGUAUGUUUGAAGUAGCUGGAAUAUUGUGUAGACAUGCACUGAAAGUCUUCAUUGUGAAUGGUGUUCGUACACUUCCGAGAGAGUACAUCUUGAAACGGUGGACAAGACAUGCAAAAAGUUCUGCAGUAGGAGAGGAAUGCGGUGUUGAGCUUCGAGGUAAUUGUGCAGAGCCUUCAUCUGCAAGAUAUAAUGAUCUUUGUCGUGAUGCUGUUAGAUGCGCAAGAGAGGGAGCAACAUCUGCUGAACUCUAUAAUCUAGCAAAGGAUGGACUACAGAAAACUUUUGCUGAAAUAGUCUCAGCAAAACAGAAGAGGGAGCAACAAUCUUUGCAAAGUUUUAUAAAAUCUCAAAAGAAGCACACCAAAAAACUUGGAAAGGUGACACCAAAAAAAGAUCCUUCCGGGAAAAAUGGGAAGAGGACAGCACCAAAAUUAUCGCCAGAUAAUGACUAUAGGUGACUCAAAUGUAUUGUACACGAUUAAGUAAGGUUUUCGAUCAUGUUGUCCGUAUCAAAUUGCCUAUAUAUCCAACUUGAAAAUUAGAUUGCUGCAUAUGUUUUAAUUUGAGCAACUUAGAUAAGAAUAGAUUUCAAUCUUUUUCACUUGUGUUAGAAGGACUAUGUCUCUGAACUUUAAAUUCUAAAUGGGUAUCCUUUUCCCUUGAAUGAAAUGGUCAUAUAUGCCAUCUUAGAAUUA